UUUUUUUCAUUUUUUUCCUGCCUUUCCACUGAUUUCCUUUUUAUUGUUGUUGCUAGUUACUUAUUGAUAUUAUUGCUACUAUGAUGCUGGUGACUGUGACUUUAAUGAUGUGUUGCUGAUGGUAGUGAUUUAAAAAAAAUGACUGCUGAUUUUUAACCGGAUGAAAAUGGAGUUUUUCUGAGUGGUCCUAACUGACUUUGGGCUUUUAACCCCUUCGAAGGGGAUGCAACAAGGUUUUUAAAACUCAUUUUUUUAAAACAAAAAAAAAGUGGAUUGAUCGCCUUAACUCUUUUUUUUCCUUCCCUCCCUGAUUGCCUGGCUACCAAGAACUGAACAUGAUUAUUCUCCAGAACUUGUUUGAACAACUCAGGAAGUUCCUACACUUAUUUUUAUUUUUUUAUUUUUUAUUUUUAACAUUUUAUUUCUAUGCAAUUUUUCAACUGUUGCUGCAAUGUAUCUGUGGUGCUGAUCACUCCCUAGCAGUGACAGCCUUUCCUUGGUCAGAUUCCCCUCCCUUUACUCCCUCUCAUGCCCUUCAGUUCCCGUCCUGGUCUUUUCCUUCACAUCGUCCUUCCCUCACAAACACCAUCAUGGAUGCCUGGUCUUGGAGUAGCAGAGUUAGCUACCAGCGGAGCCUCGCACGGAGCAGACACAAACCUAUUUUGGCUGAUGCCUGUACCAGGUCUCUGUUCCUGUGGCGUGCCUGAGCCAUGGCCAGCAAUGUCACCAACAAGACAGACCCCCGCUCCCUGAACUCGCGUGUCUUCAUUGGAAACCUCAACACGCUCGUGGUGAAGAAGUCAGAUGUGGAGGCCAUCUUCUCCAAGUAUGGCAAGAUCGUCGGUUGCUCCGUGCACAAGGGCUUUGCCUUCGUGCAAUAUGUGAACGAGCGCAACGCUCGGGCUGCUGUGGCAGGAGAGGAUGGCCGGUUGAUUGCAGGCCAGGUCCUUGAUAUCAACCUGGCUGCUGAGCCGAAGUUGAACCGCGCCAAAGCCGGGGUGAAGAGGUCGGCCACAGAGAUGUACGGGUCAGUAGCCGCACCACCUUCUCCGUCCCCUCUAGUCAGGUCGUCUUUUGACCUGGAUUACGACUUCCAGCGGGACUACUAUGACAGGAUGUACAGCUACCAGGCACGGGUGCCUCCGCCACCUCCCAUUGCCAGGGCUGUGGUGCCCUCCAAGCGCCAGCGGGUCUCUGGCAACACCUCUCGCCGGGGCAAGAGCGGAUUCAACUCGAAGAGCGGACAGCGGGGCGUGUCGUCCAAGUCAGGAAAGUUGAAAGGAGAUGAUCUACAGACCAUCAAGAAGGAACUGACCCAGAUUAAGCAGAAAGUGGAUUCCCUGCUGGAGAGCCUGGAGAAGAUCGAGAAGGAGCAAAAACUGAAGAACGACAAAUCCGAGGAGGAGCAGAGCACCAGCUCGGCCAAGAAAGAAGAGAGCAGCCUCAAGAUGGAGUCCGAAGCGGGGGCCGACGACUCGGCUGAGGAAGGGGACCUCCUGGACGACGACGACAACGAAGACCGGGGAGACGACCAGCUGGAGUCCAUCAAGGGCGACGACAAGGAGCCCGAAGAAGGCGAAGACGACAGAGACAGCGCCAACGGCGAAGAUGACUCCUAAGGGGGGGUCGCCCAGCGACAUGCACCUCUCCCCCUCCUCCUCCCCCCCACCGGCAAAACACGGCGUUCUUCAGAGAUUGAGCCUCUCGCUUUCCCCCCUUGCUGGCUGCCGCCUCCUUUCUCCGUCCUGUGUGUUCAUAAUGACGUGGUGUCUUCUGUUGCGGCCCUUUUUCUCCCCUCCCUCCCUCCCUCCCUGCCUUCUCCUCCCAGUCCAUUCUAGUAGUUCGGUUAAGCCCUCCUGUAAUUCUCCUCUUUUAAUUUUGAUACCUCUUUAUUGACUUAACAAUUAAAAAAAGGACGUAUUGUUUUUA